AUGAACACACCGACUCAUAUCAUAGAUCCAGACGGCGAAGUGAUCAUAAUAUUGCGCAAUGCAGACUGUCCUUUUGCACAGCCGGCUGAAACACCUACUAGUGGGGACUCUGACCAGGGGUUGGAUGGUGAAGCUCAAAGUCCUGUUGAAUUGAGUAAGGCCCAAUUACAGAGUCUCGAGGAAAAGACCCUAAAGAAAGGGAAGCUCGACGCGAAUUUAACCGCUCCUGAGUCCACUUCGCCAAAUGAAGAGCCUGCUGCCGAAGAAGACCUUGCUGCAUCACCAGACCUGGAUUGCUUACGUAUUCAGGUGUCUGCGAAGCAUUUGAUGUUUGCCUCCCCGGUCUUUAAAAGAAUGCUGACUGGUGGUUGGAAGGAAAGCAUCCUUUACGCUCAAAAAGGCUCAGUUGAGGUCACUGCAGAAAGCUGGGAUGUCGAAGCACUCUUGAUUCUACUUCGGGCUAUUCAUGGCCAAUACCACCUUGUACCCCGAGAGCUGACCCUUGAGAUGCUCGCCAAAGUUGCUGUUAUAACAGACUACUAUGGAUGCAAGGAAACUCUGUGUCUCCUGACAGAUGUGUGGAUCAAGAACCUGAAGGAGAAUAUUCCUGCCACGGUCAAUCGGGAUUUGAUUUUAUGGCUAUGGAUUUCCUGGUUUUUCCAACUUCCUUCCCAAUUCAAAUCAUCAACUUCGAUUGCAAUGUCAGGAAGCAACGGUUGGAUUGAUAGUUUGGGACUUCCGAUCUCCGACAAGGUCAUAGAUUCGAUGAACGAACGUAGAGAGAAGGCCAUCAGCAACGUAAUUGCCCGCCUCUAUGAAACACGCGAUGCCUUUUUACAUGGUACCAUAGGCUGUAGUUUCGAAUGCCGCUCAAUCAUGUACGGGGCUCUUUCUAUACAGAUGCAGUCAAACAACCUGCUUUCGCCGAAGCCUGAAACUCCUUUCCUGGAUUUAAAUUGCAAUUGUCUUGUGCGGACGGUAAAGGCAUUCAAAUCGCCAGAAUGGUGGGACGACGACGACGACGAACACGCAUGCUAUGACUCCUCCCUCCCAUCCCUAUUCAGCGAACUGGAGGAUUCUCUUGGGGGGUUACAACUGAAUGAGUUCACUGCGUGA